AUGGUUUUGACAGGAGUUGGAGUUGAUGAUGCUCAGAUUUUUGUUGGAGUUACAAGGAUGGAUACAAUUAGAAAUGAGUACAUUGGAGGGACAGCUCAGGUUGAGGGUAUGGAGACAAGAUUGAGAUGCCAGAAGAACAGAAAGCCACUGGACGAAAAGCUGUAUGAGAGGGAUCUCGAAGCAGCCAUCACGCUCUCCAUGCUCAAUAAUGCAGGUGAAGUGAAGGACCAGUCUCAUGUCAGUAGAGGAGAUGUCAAAUUUCCAGUAGAUGAAAACACAGAUCCAGCUUCUCUGCUCCUGUCCAACUGCAGUGUGGAUGGUGCAGUUAUGGGUUUGGACAAAAUCACAUCAGAGAAAGGGUCGCCUGCCCCUGCCAGGCAGAGAAAGGCUGCCUACAAAGCUACUGAGGAGCUGAAAAACAAGGAUGGUGAUGAUGAUGACUAUCAACCCAAACUGACACCAGAUUCAGAAAGCGAUGAAGAUUUCAGUGAACCAUCUGAGAGCGAAGAUGACGAGUUCAAAGUAAAGAAAGCAAGCAAGACUAAAAAGAAAGAAAAAGCAACAAAGAGUGAAAAAAACAAACAGAUUCUUGCUUCUAAAAAAGAAAAGCAACCAUCGAAACCAUCAAAGCCUAAAUCGCAAGCAGCAGCAGCUUCUACCCCAGUGACAACACCUCUAACGGCCAAACCUGCCUCUAAAAGACCUGCGUCAUCCUCCACAGGCUGCACAUCGAAGCAUGCAGCCUCUCUGAGCCCAGCAGCCUCUCUGAGCCCAGCAGCGGGAAGAAUGCCCAAGUGGAACCCACCAGCUCAAAUUGGAAAAAGUCCCUCCACGUCCCAGAGUCCAGCAGUGAAGUCUCCCGGUCAGGGUCUGCGGCUCGGGCUCUCCCGCCUCGUUCGAGUCAAACCUUUGCACCCUAGUGUUGCAAGCCACUGACUGAACUGACCUCAGAGGUCAGGUCAUGUUGUGUUUUUAAAGUUUUCAGUUAUUUUUACGCAGAGACUUCUAAAUAUUAAUUUCUCUUAGUGUGAUACAAAAUGCACAAUACUGAGAGGGUCUUCACCUUGAAGCUGAUGGAGCUUAAGGGUGUCCUCUUACCCCUGGAUGCUGUUUGAGGUUAAAUUCUGAAAGUGUGAGUUCAUGUCUGAAGUGUCACUUUUCUUUUCUUUUCUUUUUUUUUUCUUUUUUUGGUCCUGAAUUGUUACCUGACAUGUUACCUCCACUCAAAGCACAUUUUUUGUAAAUCUUGUACAUACAUUUAAAUAAACAUAUAAAAACAGGUUACAUGUGUGUGCUAUCU